AUGACAACCAACUACAUAUAUUCAUACUUUCGGGUCUCAAAGUUAGACGCAAUUCACGACUCCGUUCAGAAAUACCGAGGUCUUCGUCUAAAAGCCCUCCAGGCAUCUCCCGGCUCAUUCGCUUCAACAUAUGAGACUGAAUCUGCAUUACCAGAAUCUGAAUGGAUGUCACGCUUAACGGCUCCCGGGCGCGAGACUUUCAUUUGUGCUGCAACACUCCAUCAUAACAGCCCAACUCGAUCAGAUACCACAGAAUGGAUUGGUCAGCUUACGCUUCGUGGCCCCGUAUCCGCGCAGGACUUCACAUUGCCUGUUGAAUCUGGGCAACCGGUACAAAAGUUAGAUGAGGAGGAGGAACGUUGGCAGAUGCUAAGUUUGUUCACACUGUCUGAACAUCGUGGCAAUGGGCUGGGUACAAAUUUGUGUCGGGAGGCCCUCGACUACCUCCAAAAUUAUCAAAAAUGCCCUCAGGCUGUGCAAGUACGUCUUAUGGUCAAACCAGAGAACCAGGUCACGGUAAAACUCUAUCAACGGCUCGGGUUUGUUAAAGCAGGAAAGUGCACACUUGCAGAGGCCCUUAUCGCAAACGGAGAUAAACAUCUUUUGCCCAGCGAUUUAAGCUCUCCCAAAUGGUCUACUCGGCAAGGUCUGAUCAUGAUAUUUAAGAUACUUCGCGAAUAA